AUGGCCAACCCACGCAAGCAAGCCACGACGCAACAGCUACGUAAACUUCUGCUAAACGUAAUGGGUGAUAAUAGGAACACCACUACCUUUGCCGAUACCGCUGAUGCCGCAUUUACUGCCUCAACCAACACUGCCGGCACCAUUGCCGACAUUGCCGUCACCGCUGCCACCAACGCAGAUAUCGCCGCCACUGCUGCCACCAACGCUGCCAUCAGUACUACUAAUGCUGUCGUCACCACCGCUUAUACCGCUACCACCAACGCUGCCGUCACUAUCACCGCCGCCGCCACCGCUGAUUCCACCACCACCACCACCGCUUAUACUGCCUAUUCCACUGCCGAUACCGCCGUCUCUAUCGCCAAUAACACUGCCGCUCUGGUAUCUGAGAAUGCCACCGAAAUAGUACUCACUGAUCUAGACGCAGAAGUGAAGGCCCUUAAAAAGCGCUUGGAAAUACUUACGCUACGCAGACAGAUAGAAGAACUGGAGCGCCCUCCCAAUAGUAGACGUCAAGGUCGCCUGGAAUUCGGCGAUAUUGAGCACGCUCUGCCUAAAUUUAAUGGCGACGACGUAACCUAUCACGUUCGCCAUUUUCUGCGAGAUAUUGAGAAAAUAAUGGAGUCCUCAGACGACAAUAUUCGCUUGCUUGCCCUGUGCCGGUCCCUAACAGGUACAGCGAGGGUAUUUUUAUCGACCACGGCCUCCUUAAAUUACCAGGCGCUAAAAGCAGCGCUAUCAAGCGAAUUCGACGUGGGAAUCACAAGGCAAGAAGUGUACAAAAUGCUGUCGCAGCGAUGCUGGAAGAGGAAAGAGAAUACGCUCCACUGCUACACGAUAACCAUGCAGGCCAUUGCGAAGCGUGCUAAUAUCGCCGAUACGGAGCUGAUAGACUUCAUAAUAGACGGCAUCGGGAACACUACCCCGCAUGCCCACGUCCUGAUGACGGCACGAAGCGUAGAGGAAUUAAAAACCCUUAUAAACCGGUACCAACACAAAUAUUUCGAGACCGGGGCGGUGCAGCCAUCUAACCAGCGGCAGACAAGGGCGCCGAAACAAAGUGACGAUUUGAAGCUGAAGUGUAUCAACUGCUCCCGGAACGGGCACAUAAAACCAAACUGUCCAUUCCCACUAAGACCGGAUGGUUCCUGCUUCAGGUGCUGGAAGAUGGGCCACGACCAUCGCUCAUGUCCAAAUCCAGUAAAGCUUCUGAAAAGACGCGAAGUAGCCACUGUUGCCGAGGAUGAAGACGACCAACCAGGUGCAAUUGGCGCUUUUAACUCUUCCGAUUAGUUUUGUAAAGGCAUCACUGGUCCCAAAACAACUAGGGAAAAAACAUAUGGUUGAUAGAGGCCCCAGUUAUAAAGGCAUCGGUGGAAGCAAAAUUAAAAUACUUUAUAAAA